CACUCGGCAACGAUAGGACCGACUACACUUUUGCAGCCGGCCCCCUCGCCACCCCCCUAUUCCCACCCGCGGCCCCUCAUCCCGCGGCCAUCCGACGGCUCUCGCGCCCGCCACGUCGCCGUCGUCUUCCUCCCCCACCCACUAUUUAUCCGCCUCCCCGUCGGCCCACCUCCUUCCAUCCCCACCUUUCCUCCCCAAUCGGCGCGCUAGGGUUAGGGUUUCGCCGAGUCCGCAUCCGCUUCGCUUCGCCGCCGCGGCGUGAUUCGUGGUGGGAGGCCAUGGCGAUCGUGAGGAGCGCCAGUGUCAGGCUCCCGAGGUUUGACGGCGGCGGGGAGGGCUCGCCGGACGCCACGGAGGACGAGGAGGAGUCGCGAGCAACGCCGUCGCAGGAGUCCGAGGCUGAUGGCUUCUCAGGCUGCGAGGAGGAGGAGGAAGAUGGGGAGGAGAACGGUGGCGGAGGUGAGGAGCCAGAGGAAGAGGAGGAGGACUCGGGGAUGGGGUCGGACGAGCUGGAGAUCACGGAGCUCGGCGAGGCGGGCGCGGAGAUGUGCCAGGUCGGGGCCCAGAGCGUCCCCGUGCUGCUAGAGCUCUAUGACCUCAGCGGCCUGGGCGACGUGCUCUCCCUCGACGCGUGGAACAGUCUCCUCAACGAGGAUGAGCGGCUCCGCCUCGCCGCCUUGAUGCCAGACAUGGACCAGGAGACCUUUUCACGCACGCUCGUCGAGCUCCUCGCGGGGGAGAAUUUUCACUUCGGGGACCCCCUCGCCGCCCUUUUCGACAGGCUGAAAGGCGGGCUCUGCGACCCAAGGAUCGUGCUGUACCGCCGUAGCAUCCGCUUUGCAGAGCGGCGGAAGCAUUACUACUGGCUGCAGAGCUACCACAAUUCGAUGGUGUGGAGGCUGUGGGAGAUCAAGGACUGCUGGAAAGGCCGCGAGGGCUAUAGCCUUGAUGAGAGGCUGAGGAUGCUGGAUGCGAUGAAGACACAGUGGCAGCAGAAAAGGGCUCUGCGUUUGGCUGGUCGGGCCGGAUCAGAGACUGAUUCGGAGAGCAGGGAGUCUGGGGAGCAGUUCUUGGCGCGUCUGAAGCCAGAUAAGAUGGGACUAAAGAAGGCCGGGAAGUUAGUGAAGGAGAGGUCUAAGGGGUUGCUGCGGGUGGGUGUGUCAAAAGGAAUGGAUGACGAGUACAUUGGAUGGGCUGGCCGCGAUUCUGCAGUGGCACUCUCUGAGCUUUCUCAUCAAGAUAAUGCUUAUGGCUAUGAUCCAGGUGUCACACAUAGAGGGAAGCUUCGCAGGAGCAUAGAUGGCCUUUACUCGGAGGAGCUAGGGUAUGAAAGGGAUUUGUCAAGAACUCGACCUUUGAUACUGCCAAAGCCAGGGAAGAAGAAGGAAUUGACUAUGAGCUCUGAUGGUAAUCUGUAUGUAAACAACUACAGUGAUAACCGUACCAGUUCUUCUUACUACUAUGGCAGGCCCAGUGCUAAUCAGGGAGUUACCUUGGCAGAAGCAUUUGAUCCUCUGUAUUUUGACACUGGAAGGAAUGCAAGGUACUCGGAGAGGGAUUGGGUACAAGGUGGAAAAGGCAUACAGAGUAAAGCUCCAAUAAGGGAUGAGAGGCACUGGCCAGCUGGUACCCACACUGGUAACUUGGAUGACUGGCAGAAAGGGCAGUUGGCAGGUGAUUACAGGAUCAGGAAAGCUCAAGCAGGUCAUGAUCUGAAGGUUAAGUCCUAUAAAAGUAUUGAGCAACAGGUUAAAAACGCUCGCCUUGGAUCUGACCUUCGAGGCAAGAUAUCACAGGUGAAGAUGAAAGAUAAAUCAAAUAGUCGAAUUGAUAGGAUUGGCCAGAAGCACUCCAGGACUGAUGCUGUCUAUGCUCAAAGUGAGGAGACAGAAUCUGAUUCAUCAGAACAGUUUGAAGAUGGUGGGGAUGUGAAUUUUCUCGAACGGAAGCCAGAGCGUCACCAUGCUGGGUUUCAUAGACCAGCACAUGGUGCCAAAAAGUCAAACAAGCUUUCCAAAGCGGUAAAAAUGAAUUAUCCUGCUGCAACUGCAGAUUUGGAACCCUCUCAGAGCAAAGGAGUCAAAGGAAAGGUUUCAGAGCCUGGCUAUUUACGUGAUGUGCAUGUGACGAUGCCGGAACAGAUUGGUGAUGUCAUGAAACCUCCAGCAGCAAGUGGUGAAAGGAAGCGGAAAGGGAUGGCAAAUUUGGACAUGCACGGUUAUGAGAACUCUGAAUUGCAUGAAAUCAAUGAAAACACCAAUGAGUCAUUCAAGCCAAAAGAGAGUGAAAGGCUUGCCAGUGGAUCAGGCCAUGUAGUCCAGGAUUCUAAUGGUGAUUUUGGUGGUACCGAAAGAGUAAAGGCGUCACUAUCAAGUUGCAGCUCUCGGUCCAAAAAACCGAAAGGAAGAGUUGAAGUUACUAGCCUGGAUGAGCAAAGCGAACAGGCGCCAUCUGGUCCAAAGCUGGUCGAGAACAGUAGUAGCUCGAAGAAGAAAAGUAAAAAGAAGCCAGAGACCAUCACAGAUGCAGUUACUGUAGCAGAACCAGCUGCUGCCAUACCAGAAAAUAUUGUCGUAACAGUAGAGUCCGAAAAGCCACCCGAGAAGCCCAAGAAGAAGUAUGUACCAAUUACACCAACUAUCCAUACCGCAUUUUCAUUCUCUGUUGUACAUCUUUUAACUGCGGUAAAGAAGGCUAUGGUCAUUCCUAUGGAGGAUACUCCAGCAGCAGCGAAGCAACCUGAUGGAGAGGAGGGCACAAAAUGGUUCAACAAUGAAGAGCAUGGCAAAACGCCUCAAGAACCAAGUGUGACAGAGCAAGCUCAACAGGUUCCUGAAGUUGCAGACGCCAGUGCUGCAGAGCAGACUGUACCGAGCAAUUCACCAGCGCUCACUGUUCAAGAACUUGUCAAUCGAAUCAGAUCAAAUCCUGGAGAUCCUAGGAUACUUGAAACGCAGGAGCCCCUCCAUGAUUUAGUUCGAGGAGUAUUGAAGGUACUAUCAUCUAGAACAGCUCCUCUAGGUGCGAAGGGCUGGAAAGCACUAGUUGCCUAUGAAAAGUCAAACAAAAGUUGGUUCUGGGUUGGUCCAGUGCCUUUUGUUUCUUCAGACCGUGAUCCUGAUGAAGAAACUUCUGCUGAAGCAUGGGGUAUACCACACAAGAUGCUUGUGAAGUUGGUCGAUGCAUUUUCUAAUUGGCUGAAAAGUGGUCAGGAAACCCUUAAGCAGAUAGGAUCCCUUCCACCACCUCCACCACCAAAUCCUGCAAACUUGGAUUUGAAGGAAAGAUUCAAGGAGCUUAGAGCACAGAAAAGUCUGAACACAAUAGUCCCAUGCUCAGACGAAGCAAAGGCGUAUUUCCAGCGUGAGGAAUUUUUGAGAUACUCGAUACCUGAUAGAGCCUUUUGCUAUACUGCUGCUGAUGGGGAGAAGUCUAUAGUCGCUCCAUUGAGAAGAGGUGGUGGGAAGCCCACAUCAAAAGCUAGGGGACAUCCCAUGCUCUUACCUGAUCGUCCACCACAUGUCACUAUCCUAUGUCUUGUGAGAGAUGCUGCUGCUAGGUUGCCUGCAAGAACUGGAACAAGAGCUGAUGUCUGCACACUACUCAGAGACUCACAGUACCUAAACUUUGAAGAAGCCAAUAAAGAGGCUGCUAUUAAUCAAGUUGUCAGCGGUGCUCUUGAUCGCUUGCACUAUGAACGUGACCCUUGUGUACUGUAUGAUAAUGACAAAAAAUUGUGGACCUAUCUGCACAGGGGCAGAGAGGAGGAAGAUUUUGAGGAUGAUGGCACAUCAUCUACAAAAAAGUGGAAGAGACCGAGGAAAGAUCCCUCUGAUCCUGCAGAACAAGGUGCAGCAAAUGACGAUUUUGAGGAUGAUGGCACUGGCACCCCUUCUACGAACAAUGUGAAAAAACAAAAGAUAGACCAUGCAGAUCCUGCAGAUCCUACAGUGCCAGGAGAUGCUAAGGAUGGGGGAGAUCGUGCAACUCAGAACCCAUCUGCUGGUGGAUUUUUUGGUGGCCUCGAAGGUGAUCCUGAUCUUAAUGUUAUUCCAUCAUCGAAGAAUGAUGAAGAAACAGGUGGAGUUAUUUUCACUAAUGUAAUAUCAGAUGUUGGUGGCUCCAGAGCUUCAGUAGAGGCUACACCUGUCAGCAAGGCUGAUGACAAUACAACAAGUUGGCAGUCAUUCCCAGAACAGAACAAAAACUAUAUGGCACUCACUGAGAACACCAACAAGGAAUUUCACGAAGUGAUAGACAUAUCAUGAGUGCUACCUUGUUAUGUAUAACAUAUCAUGGUUAUCAACCAGCUGGGCAUGUGUUGAAGCAUCAGCACAGGCCUGCAGUAAUAUAAACUGAAAAUGCUGUAUAUGCUACCCUGCUGUUUUUUGUCAGCACAGCACAUCAUUUGAGUCUGUUUUAUAGUAAAACUGUAAUGGGCUAAUGGCGUACUUUCUGGCAGAGUGUAUAUUCAUCUUGUAGCUUAUAAUUUAAUCCUUUAUUGCCAAAUAGAUUUACAAGUCCUCACAUGUGUAAUGUUUAUUUCUUACUGUCCACAAUGAUCAUAAUUGGCCCAUAGUAGGAUAACAUGUGGAUCUUUUUGUUUGGGCUGAUUAUAGCACUUACCGGGAAUUCUGGGCUUGAUUUUGUUUCUGAAAAUUGCUUAUUAGUAAUUAUUUGUGAACAUGUGACUUUAAUUGAUGUUUGUUACAGAUUUUCCUUGGAUGAUGAGUACUAUAAUCUGUUACAAUAUUCCAAACAUGCAGUUAGCAUCAAAGCAGUAUUCUUGAUUAUAUAUGUUUGACAGCCUACUGUUCAAAGUAUGUACUUAGUUAUAGUCAGGAUGUGUACUUCGUUAUAGUCAUUAGUUAGGGACCUUGGAGUUGUUUGGAACAGUUUCAGGGGCAGCUUAUCAUUCAGUCUUUAUAUGUCUCGGUCAUCCUGCAAGGAGAUGUUUAUUUAUUUCCUGCUAUUUUGUAGUAAAACAUUAGCACAUUGAUGGUUCCAAAAAGGAAAAAUAGCACAUGAAACUAGA